CCUGAAAAUGUCGCCGGCUCGUUGUAACUGGCAAAAAAUCCUCUUGAAAAAUAUAAACAAAAAAUGCUUAUAAAUAAAUAAAUUAUGGAUGAAUACGAAGCGCAGUUGCUGGUGGUAAAACAGGCUUUGCAAGUAACCACGGACGAGGAGCAACGCAAUGAAUUGAUUGCAUUACAAACAAAUUUGGAAGAGCUCCUGGCGCUGACUAGAAGCAGUGAAGUGAAUGAUACGAACACUACACAGGCUACAGACGACCUUGACGAUGAGCUAAAACGCUUCCAAAGUGAACUAAACGACUUGGAGCAGAAGCCGGUAGAUCCAAAAGAUGAGCAGCAUCAAUUGGAAGAACUGCGCGCUAAAUAUAAUGCCAUGUUGGGCGAAAAGUGCUCGGCACCACAUGAGCACAGCUGGGGAGCCUUAAGCUACCACAAUGCACUCAUCUGUGGAGUGGACGACGAGUUAAUUGUAGAUGACAAUGGUGUUCUAGAUGUUCGGUUACGAGUCUUAUAUACAAAUCCCACGCAUCGCGAGAUGUUACCUUGUAACUAUUACCUGGAAGGUGAAUGUCGAUUUGAUGAGAUUCGAUGUCGCUACUCUCAUGGCGCUCUAGUACCUGGAGCUGCCAUUAGAGAUUACAAUAAACCAGAUUUUCACAGACUGGCACGGAAUUGUCCGGUGCUGGCCAAGCUACAGGAUCGAUUGUGGCAUCGUGGUCGUGUGCUGUGUGUGAAUUUUGUGGAGCAACAGUGUCGGGUUCGAUUGGAUGGUCAGGAGCACAAGGAACGGGAACGGGACUUUCCCUUUGAGGAGCUGUUUCCAUUAAUCACGGAGCAGGAUGACGACUUGACCAGCGACAGCAGUGACUCAAAUGAAUCAAACGAAAGUAAUGGAGAGAAUGAUUCCGAUAUGGAUGAUAUUGAGGCAGCGCGACAGACGCGUAUGGUAGAGUUAAGCUUGUUUACAUUCAAACCGACCGAAAAGCUGGGAGCUUGGGAACAGUAUACACGCGGCAUAGGCUCCAAGCUGAUGGCCAAUAUGGGCUACAUACACGGUACGGGACUCGGAUCAGAUGGUCGUGGCAUUGUGACGCCGGUUAGUGCACAGAUAUUACCACAGGGUCGAUCCCUAGACGCCUGCAUGGAGCUGCGUGAAGCAGCAAACGGUGAUAAGGAUUACUUCAGUGUCGAGCGCAAGCUAAAGCGUGCCCAGCGUCGCCAGCAGAAAACUAAUAAAAAGGCCUACGAACGUGAGUCCAAACGCACAGAUGUCUUUGCCUUUCUCAACGGUAGCGUGCUAGGAGUCAGCCAGCAAUCGAAUAACUCCGUCAAGAAGACAAAGACCAACGAUCUGCAACAGCAUUCCAACAAGACGCUGAAUGUGGAGACAGUGCGCAUUGCCGAUGACAUACGUCGAAAGCACCGAGACAUUGCCAAGGUCCAGCAAUCACUAGCCCGUAAUGUCAGCGAUGUCCAGGUGCAGAAACGACUCCGAGUGCAGCUCCAAACCCAGCAACAGGAACUGGCCACACUGCAGGCGCAGGAGAGCAGUCUUAACAAGGAACAGCAGUCCCGUAAAAGCAAAAAUAAAAUGUUUGAGUUUUGAAUACGGUUUUUUUGUAUAAAUAAAGUGCGUAUUUUAUAUGUGCAGGCGAA